UUGGGCAGCUACUCACCCCCACGUUGAGGGCUUCUGGCUUUGGAAACACCACUAGCUCAAUCUCCACCAUGAUCCUCAGACCAAGUGCCACCACCAUCUCCUCUUACAGAGCCAGGCCACUGCAUGCCCUGCAGGUGCUGCUGCUGCUGUCACUGCUCCUGGCCGCUCUGGUUCCCUCCACCAUCGGAGACAGUGAACACACAAAUCCUGACAAGUAUGUUGAACUGCGCUGCAUGUGUAUGAAGCUGGUCUCUGGAGUUCAUCCCAGGAACAUCCAGAAGUUGGAGAUGAUCAAGCCAGGAGCCCACUGCAACAAAGUGGAAGUGAUAGCUAUACUGACGGAUGGAAGGGAACUCUGCCUGGACCCAGAUGCUCCAAGGAUCAAGAAAAUAGUUGAGAAAAUGCUGAAAGGUGACAGAUCAGCUGCUUAAUCUAUGUGUUCACUCUGCGCCAAAUCUUUUUACCUCCUAGGAAGGGUAGGAGCCGAAGCCUCGGCUUUCUGGAAUCCUUACUUAUCCUCAAUACCCUUUCUUACUAUAUAAAAAUUUGGAUGUGUUUUUUAUUCUGUGUUAAAAUCACAUUUUAUUGUGAGAAGGCUGGUUAAAGGAUGACAGAAAGAAGUUGAAAAUAAGUAAAACUAGUUUCAAUAACUAAUAUAUGGUUUACUGUUUAAUUUUUGGAUGAAUCUGGUGCAGGGCUUUGCAUUUCUUUGUUUGAAAAUUUCUUUCCAAACACACUGAUGUUUUAUUGCUCUUCUUCACUGUUAGCCUAGACAAGCCCACGGUGAUUCACGGAUUUCGUCCUGGUCAGGAGCACGAGGAAUCACACAGAGCACAGCCCCCGGCUGCUCCAGGGAUGUUUGAAAACAAAUUUAGGGACUUUGUAGAAUCCUUAAUUGUCUUAGUCCUGGGAUGUCUUAUCUCAAAGCAUACCUUGAAAGGUUUUUCUAGUGUUAAUUUUAGCCUUCAGAUUCUAAAAAUAAUAAAGUUGUAGAAUGCAAA